AUGGCAAGUUGCAGAGAGACCCAGCUAUCCUAUGCUAAUGUACAGGAGCAGCAAGACAACUGGAUUGCACACCAGGAUGAGUUUAACCAGCUUUUGUCUGAGCUCAAUGCCUGCCACAAGCAGAAUGGCUCACGUGUGGCCGAGGAUAAAACUGCAUUUAGCCUUGAAGAGAAAUCUAAAUCUUCCAAGAAACGCGUUCACUACCAGAAAUUUACCAAAGGAAAGGAUCUCUCUUCUCGAAGUGUGACAGACCUUGCCUGCAUUUUUGGAAAACGUGGCAAACGGCUCAAAAGAUCCAGAGAUCAAGCAAUGGGUAACACCUGUUUGGUGCCUAUCGAUGACCCAGAAGCUCCUGGUGACUCAGAGCCCAAAGUUAAAAUAAAUACUGUGACCAGUUCUCUCUCCGUGCAGGAGUACUUUGCCAAAAGGAUGGCACAACUUAAAGCAGGGCAUGAAAUCCAUCAAGCUUGUGCUACUCAGGACCUUACGGGAGAUGAUAUGAGUUCAAUUAAAGAAGCAAAAAAGAAGAGGAAAAAAUGUGGCAGAAGAGAUGCCAGCGGGGCUUGCAACUUUGACAAACAGCCCAUACUGACAAAGCAAGCCAAAAAUGAAGAGUGUGUGGAAAUAAACAAUGAUCUGAUAGAACAUAGUCCAGUUAAGGAAAAUUGCCAAACUAAAAAGUCUAAAAAAAAUAGUGCAAAAUAUUUGGUGUUAUUCGAUCAGAAAAUGUGUCCUUUAGGAGAAGUUGAAUCAGAGGAGAUUCCAGUUGAACAGCACCGAACAGUCAGUGAGUCGUCAGAGAAGCAAAAUGAGCAGGUAUGGAGAGAGGAUAAGAACAAACAGAAGAAGAUUAAAAAGCUGCCAUAUGCAAGUCAUGAUGAGAUUUCUCAAUCCUGUCAUGAAUCAACAGAAAGAAGGAAGAAGAAAAAAAAGAAACAGAAGCAUUGAGGCUUGCAGAAACUGUUAUGCAUAUUUCGUAUUGAAAACCAUCCAAAUGAAUUAUGCAACAAGAUAAAAUGGUCUUAAUGCAACUGCUGUUCUUAGCUAAGCUUAGGCAGCAAGUUUGAUAGUGGCAAAUGGAAUGGUUAAAGCAAAGUGUUUAAAAUCAAGUUACAACAUCUUCUUUUAAAUGCAUAAAAUAAAAUUUGUAAACAUA